AAACAGAUAAACAAAUCAGAAUAAAUGAAACCUCGUCGAGUCCGACAAAGAGUCGGUGUAGAUGAAGAAAAGCUUACUGCAAAACAAAAUACUCUCUCUCAAAACAAUCCGGCAUUUCUCCGGCAUUAACCUCGCCGGAAGUUUCUAAUUCUGGCGACCUGUCAGCCGACGCUAUUUCUGUUAUCCGAUUCGAGCUCCUUUUUAUUAUAUCUACCUAAAAGCUACAUUUCUGAGUUUGACGGUGUGGAAAGGGAAGAAAAUAAUCCGUGGAGUGUUUGUAUGUGCACAUUGUAAGGGAUUGGCUUUGCGAAAUUUUUGUGAGAAUUUUUUGAGUCUCUGCUGUGCUUUUCGUUACCGAUCCUGCUUUUCUGUUACGGUUUCUCGAUCUCGCUUUGGAGAGGAUAUGAAGUUAAAAGUUCAAUUAUUUUUGCCGAAGGCUUAAAAAGUUAUAGCUGCAAUUUAAUCUUAAGGAAUGUAACUGAUUGAUGCAAGGUUUCGUGGGAAUAUGCUGAAACAUGCAUUAACAAAGCAAUGUGCAUACAGAGUGGAGUGUGCCAUACAAGGUGCUGAAAUGAAUGGGAUUCAUCAGAAUGGGAAAGAUCGUAGUUUUGAGAAAACUUUUCCAGGAUGCUUGGGAAGAAUGGUGAACUUAUUUGACCUGAACGGUGCUGUGGCUGGAAACAGGCUGCUCACUGAUAAAUCGCAUCAAGAUGGUUCGCCACCCUCAAGAAGCCGAGCAGAGGAAGCGUCAGUGGCUCCGUCUAAUCACCGAAUAGAGGAUGAUGCGAUUGUGCCUGAAAUAAACAGAACUGGUUCAAACAGAAAAUCCAAUGCAACGCCCAUAAAGAUGCUCAUUGCCCAAGAAAUGUCCAAAGAAGUAGAUUCCAAACACAGUCCGGCUAAUGUUGUUGCUAAGUUGAUGGGUCUUGAUGCCCUUCCACGCCAGGAACCUAAUUCAGCUGCUCAACGAAGCCAUUUUAGAGGUCAUCCUCGAAGUCAUUUAGAUAUACCAGUGAGUUACUGGGAGCAACAGAAUGGAUGCUUUGAAUAUAUAGAGCCAAAUGAAUGCAGUGAUGUUUAUGAAAUACGGAAGAAAUCCCAGAAAACUAAUUAUUUGCGGGAGAAAUCACCACAAAAGGGAAACUGUAAUGAAACAUCAAAUGACAGGAAGAUGGCUCUCAUUCGCCAGAAAUUUGUUGAAGCAAAACGCCUGUCUAUGGAUGAAAAACUUCGCCAGUCAAAGCAAUUCCAAGAUGCAUUAGAAGUUUUGAAUUCCAAUAAAGACUUGUUUCUUAGGUGUCUGCAAGAACCAAAUUCAACGUUUUCUCAGAAUCCUUACAAUCUGCAGUCUAUCCCACCUUCUGAGACGAAGCGAAUUACUAUUCUUAGACCUUCGAAGAUGGUAGACAGUAACAAUUUUGUUGCAGUUGGGAAUAAACGUGGAAAACAGGUGAAGAAAUGUGCAUAUGUGGGACAUUUGAAUGAAUUGGAAAAAAGCCAUCAGGAAUGUUCUUCACCAUCCGGACAGAAGAUUAACAAAACUUCCACUCAACCAACUCGAAUUGUAGUUCUGAAGCCAAGCUCAGUUAGACCACAAGAUAUGAAGGCUGUUGAUUCUCCACGAUCGGAAUCACCAAGGAUAUCACAUGGUGAAGACUUUUUUGGGGAUUUAGAAGAUGACGAGAAACAAGAAUCAAAAGAUGUUGCAAAAGCAAUCACACAGAAGAUGCGUGAAACGUUCCACAGAGAUGAAACCUUACUUUCUUCUGUGUUCUCCAACGGAUAUGUUGGAGAUGAAAGUUCAUUUAAUAAAUCGGAAAUUGAAUAUGCAGAUGGUAAUCUCAGUGAUUCAGAAGUCAUAUCACCGGUAUCUAGGCACUCUUGGGAUUAUGUUAAUAGGUUUGGUAGCCCCUACUCGUCCUCAUUUAGCCAUGUAUCAUAUUCUCCAGAGUCAUCAGUUUGUAGAGAAGCAAAGAAGCGUCUCUCUGAAAGAUGGGCAAUGAUGACAUCUAAUGGUAGCUUUCAAGAACAAAGACCUGUGCGGAGAAGUUCUAGCACAUUGGGUGAAAUGCUUUCUCUUUCUGAGACAAAGAAGGCUGGAAUGCCUAAAGAACUACGUAGUACUAAUGAAGAACCUAGGAGUUCUGAUUCUCUCUUUGUUAGUGAGCAGACAAAGGAUGAAAAUCUUGAUGAUUCUCCUAGGAAUCUCUCAAGGUCAAAAUCCGUUCCUGUAUAUUCUGCUGAGUUUGGCACCAGGCUCAAUGUAGACAUUCUAGAUCCAGAUGGAGGCAAACCAGAGGUUUUUAAGGAGGCCACAAAGACAAGAAGUGGAAAAUCAUCAUUCAAAGGAAAGGUUUCGAGUUUGUUUUUCUCAAGAAACAAAAAACCUAGUAAAGAUAAAUCUGAAUGCAAAGAUGAAUCUCGCUCCUCAGGAAUACAUUCUGGGCAAGUUGGGAAAGAUAGAGGUGAACAACCUAGUGAUGAAGGGCCUGAAUGUCUGUCACCUUUUGAGCUGGAUCCAUCAAUUAAAGCAGCUCCCCUAAAUUUAAUUGGCCAGCAGGGCAUGAGAUCUCCCAAGAGUGGACUGUCUGUAACAAAACCUGUUGCACCUUUAAACCCAAGUGAGAACCAGGACCAUCCAAGUCCAAUAUCAGUCCUAUAUCCAAAUUUUGAAGAGGAUGAACAUACAGUGCUGGAGUCCUCACGUUUUAUCAAGCCGGGCUGUCAUGGACUUGAGUUGCCGUUUCAUCAUGUUAGAUCAAAUUUAAUUGGUAAAUCACCACCUAUAGGAUCUAUUGCCCGGACUCUGCCAUCAGAUUUGGUCAUGGACACAGCAUCAUCAUAUCCCUUAAAGCCAUCCUUACCCUCCCCGGGAGCAGAGGAAGAAGAAUGGUUUUUAUUUGUUCAGACACUAUUAUCAGUGGCUGGACUUGAUAGUGAGGAGCAACCUGACUCAUUUUUGGCUAGAUGGCACUCACCAGAGAGCCCAUUGAACCCAUCAUUAAGGGACAAGUACAUAGAUUUAAAUGAGAAAGAGACACUACAUGAGGCUGAGCGAAGGCGAAAGAGAUCGACCCGUAAACUUGUGUUUGAUUGUGUGAACGCAGCAUUAGUGGACAUUGUGGGAUAUGGAUCGGCUUCAUGCCAAAGAGCCAUUCCAUGCAUUGGGGCCAGUAGUAGCUCAUUGGAGAAUGCAUCAUUGAUGAUGGUGGACCAGGUGUGGGCCGGGAUGAAGAUAUGGUUUUCUAGUGACGCCAGAUGUGUUUUGGUCGAUUAUGGGGACGACAACUGCUUGGUGGUUGAGAGUGUAGUAAGAAAGGAGGUGGUCGGGAAGCGUUGGACUGAUCAUUUGAGACUGGAGAUUGAUAAUUUAGGAAAGGAAAUUGAAGGGAAGUUGCUAGAAGAGCUUGUGGAAGAUGCUGUGAUUGAAUUGACUGGUAGAAUUUGACGAGACUUAAAUUUUAAUGACUUGAACUAGUUUCUUUAAUUUACAACUCCAUUGUUUGUGUAUAUCAAUAUGUUAUUCUCUAUAAAAUGGUCCCCAGCCCAUCUCUAAUUAUUUAAUGUUGCAAAUUAUUACAAAUAUGUUAUCCAUAUAUUUGUCUGGAUUUCUACUGUACAACCUUUUCCUUUCAUUUUAUCCAACCAGAACGCCAGAAUCUUCAUGCAUAAA